AUGGAGACCGGCGAGACCGGCCCACCCCCACCAUCGGCGUCCGCGGCGACGAGCGUCCCGAUUGGGACAAAGGAGACGCAAGUCCCUAUCGCCGCCGCGACCUACGCCACCGCCGCGAUUCAAAAGACCAAGCAGACUCCCGAGCAGCAGACCCAACAACAACACCGUGCCAAGGCUUUGACCCAAAUGUUCGAAGUCAUGGGUGCUGUACCGGGCAAUCGCACCGACCGGUGGUUGCAAGCCACCUUCGCCACCGACGAGUACCCUGUCGCUACCGCUACAUCGCUCAAGUAUUCGGCUCUCAACGCCAAUCGAUCCAUUCGAAACAUCUUCGACUUUGCUCUCGACGUCACUUUGACCGUCCAAGGCGCCUCGAAGGCCUCUCCCGUGUUGAACUUUGCUCCAUCUCACUUCUAGGACAAUAUGCGCUCACUGAAGUAGAGGUGCCUCGCCUUUUGGUGCAGUGGUAUAUUGUUCCUUCAUAGGUUAUGAGCCCAGAGCAACCAGCAGGUCAUGAGUUCAAUCCCCCCUGGGGUCAGGCAAUUUUGCGCGCAUACACUCAGCGUCCCGGCCCCCGCACUUGCCCAGCGGCGUGCCAAGCACCCUGGCGCAUCGACAGUGCUCACAGUGCCCAAGCUGCACUUGCCCAAGCGACCUGAUCAACAUGCCCAGUUGCCUCACAGCCGCACCCACUGCCACAAGCUCUUCAGCUUCGCGCACAGGGGGGUGUUGAACUUUGCUCCAUCUCACUUCUAGGACAAUAUGCGCUCACUGAAGUAGAGGUGCCUCGCCUUUUGGUGCAGUGGUAUAUUGUUCCUUCAUAUCCCGCGGACAAGGCCGAUCUGCUCGGUUGCGUCACGAGACUGCUCUCCCCGCAAUCGCCCCUGUGCUUCGACGCCGAGGUCACCCUUCCCGAGCACCUUGCGGCGUUUGCGCCCCAGAUUAGGGGUAUCCAACACUCGUCUUUCGUCAGGGCCGGUGUGGUCAACCACCGUAUCUCCGUGGGAUUCGUUUCGGCGAAGGCACGUGACUCGGCGCUUACGGCCCCACUGGCGCUUACUUGGCACUCUGCAAAGGCUCACUUCGCAAAGGCCCACCACUUCUACCACAACAUGGUCGAGCUGCGUAUCAACGUCGGUGUCGCAGCGGUCCCAUCCAGGGAUGCCAUUGUUGACUCUUUUAAAUCAAUUGUCACCAAAAUCACAGCCAAGGGACACCGUUGCGAGCUGGUACAAGUCUUGCGCGUGAUCCACGUCGAUAACGACUCGGCCUAUGCGCACUUGGCCGGCGAGUUUUCGGCCUUUAUCCGCUUCGACGACGACGCCCUUUUCAAAGCCCCUAACAACACGCUGAAGGAGCUCCUACCGUCGAAGGUCUCUCUAGCCACUAGAGGCAACAUGCAUACGGCGGUUCGUCACGACUACGAACGAGAAGCGGCCUGUGCUCGGUGCCACUUUGUGGGGCAUGUGGAGACCUGCGCGCUGGAACAGGAGAGGAGGCAGAAGGAAGCGAACAACAACACCGGAAGGCACAACAAGUACCACAACAACCCAACCAACACCAACAACAACAACAACGACACCACCAACACCAACAACACCGACAACGACGCUUCCGAGGUUGUGGCCCCUAGCCGCGCCCUCGGAACCGACCAACUCGAAUCGCGGAACCGAUUUGCGGGGCUCGAGGUCGAAGGAGGACAGGAGGAUGACGUCGAGGAGGAGGAUGCAGGAAAGGAGGGCGAGGAAAAGGAGCAUGUCGAAGAAGGAGACGAGGAUACGGGCGCCAAGGCGGACGACGAGGAUUCGGACUCGGAUGGGAACGCCGGAGCGGGCAUCGACAAGGCGGGAGGCGACGACAAGGACGACGACAAGGACGAACAGGACGACAGCUCGGAGGGAAGCGAACAAAGGGAGGACGAAGGAAACGAUGGGGAUGACGUGAUGAAAGAUGGAGCAGAGGAGGAGGACGAAGGGACGGAGACGGAGGUGGAAGAAGAGGUCGAGCAGGAACAGGGGGUACAGGACGACAGCAUCAUGAUCAUCGACGACGACCAAACGACGAUCACCACGGUUUCCCGCGAGUCGACUCCUCGGAGUCCCUCGUGGCCUCCACUAUCUCCUGAGACGUUGGCAAAGUCGCUGCGCGAGGGUGCGGAGUGGGACCGAGCUAACGCCGAAGCUGCUGCACGUGUCCAAGCAGAAAAGGAGGCGAUCAUCAACGCCCAACUCGACGCGGAGGAACCGCUCGUUCGCCACCAAUUUGCAGAGUGGGGUCAGGAAGAUGGACAACUGCGAUUCAUCAACAUUCGUGGCACCGGCUCCGGGUCGAACAAGAAGAUGAAGAGGUCGCAAACGGUGGCCGAUCUCAGCGAUCCGAGCGAUGACCCGGUCGAUAUCAAGCGCGUUCUGAACAGGGUCAAAGGUCGAGCAGGAAAGGAGGUAGCGGGUCAGGGGAAGAGGGUGACGAGGUCGAUGUCGGCGGCGGCGGCGAUGCAGGUCGAGGGGGCCAAGGCGAAAGCGGAGAAGGGUAAAGGGGUGGAGGAGGAGAAGCGCUGGUCCGACCACGAGCCCGAGGAUGACAUUCUCCCCGAAUUCCCACUCUUUGAGGACGACACUACCGCCAAGAGCACGUCUACAUCGUCUAUCCAAUAAUGAUCAAGCACACCAUCACCAGCUGGAACGUGAGGAGGUGCAUGGGGAUCCCGGAAAAGCGACGCAACAUUUACACCUAUUUAUCAACAUUCAAAGCAUCCGCCAUUCUACUACAAGAACACUUCAUCAAACCGGAACUCUGGCAAUGUAUCAAGGACGAGUACGAGGGCAAGGUCUUCAUCAGCAAACACUGUCUGACUCUGAUCCCCGCCGACUCGCCCCUGAUCGACGCCGAGAUUUUGCGCACCCACUCGGCACUCGACGGACGAAUCCUGGUCACCUCCUUUCGACUUCGAGGCGACAUCCGGAUACUCGAGAUCAACAACAUUUACGCACCAGUCGAUACAAAACAACGACUCACAUUCUUUGACAAACUACAUUUCCACAGGACGCAGAGCACCCACCUUCGACUCCUCGGCGGCGAUCUCAACGACUGCCCGCUGCCGGCGAUCGAUCGGCGGAACCAAGGUCGGCACGGCCAUCACUGGCCGAUCCUGAUCGGCAAGCUCGACUCGCCCUACACCGACUGCAUACGAUUCAAACACCCGCUCACACCAUCUUUCACUCGACCCAAUAUCGUCCGCAAGCGACCAAAGUCCUUUUCACGACUUGACUACUUCCUUCUGCAGCGCACCCACCAAAAGCGACUCGUCCAAGCCUCGACGAUCUACGACCACCCCAAGGACCUUUCGGAUCACCGACCGGUCUCGAUCGUCCUAGUUCUCUCGGACGAGCGAGGAGACGCGGCUCAACCCAACAAUAGUUUACCAACGACAUCAAACCAAUUACAUCGUAUCAACGCGGCGACCUUCAAGACGGCGGAGUUCCAGGGGAUGUUGGAAGGAUGGUUGGAAGGAGCGAGUGGGGAGGAACCGGUGGGGGAGCUCGAGGUGGUGCUGGGGAACUGCGCGAAGGAGGGUCGGGAGCUGGCGAGGAGGGAGCAUCGGGAGCGGGUGGAGCGGAUGGCGGUCUUGGUGGGAAGGGUGCAGGAUCUGGAGGCGUUGCCGGUGAUGGGGGACGAGGAGACGGCCGAAUGGACGCGGACGACGGAGGAACUUAGGCGAGCGGUCAACGAGCGCGCGCGCCAACUUCGGAUCCGAGCCCACGUACCCGAAAUCGCUACCGAGGAACGACUGUCGCGGCCGGUCCACGCCAAGCUCGCGGCACGGAGUUCGGAUUCCAAGAUCACAGCACUGCGAUUGCCCAACGGAGAGCUGACACAUGACAUUGACGUCGCGCUUGACCACACACAGGCGCACUUUCAGCGCCUCUACGAUCUCGAGCCGCGCGAUCGGGACCACGUCGAGCGACUUAGGGACGAUUUCUUGGCGCCGAUCAGGUCGGCGCGCACUUGCGAUGACCCGAGCUCGGACCCGCUCUUUCUGCGACGACUCUCGGAAGCGCACAUCGAGCUGCUGCAGCAACCCAUCACCGAGGACGAGGUCGUAGCCGCAAUCGCAACAACACACCCCGGUCGAUCGCCGGGUCCAUCUGGCGUGCCCUACGAGCUCUAUCACACAGCGCCGCGGGCGUGGGCCAAGGCGCUGAGCAGGGCCUUCAACGCGAUGACCGAGCGCGGCUCGCUUUCACCGAAGCAGGGGCAAGGACUCGCUCGCCUGCUCUUCAAGCACCACAAGAUCAGGGCCGAUCGCGCCGAGCUCUCGUCGUACCGGCCCAUCACCUUGCGCGAGUGCGACUACAAGCUCUUCACCAAGGUCUACGUUGCGCGACUCAACCACGUGCUGCCGGACCUGCUCCCACCGCAACAGCACGGCUUCGUCAAGGGCCGCCGAUCGGCGGACGCGUCAUUCCACCUGCGACUCUUGAUCGAAGAGCUGGGCGCGCGCGGCACCGAGUUCCCUGACGCGGCGCUCUUGUCUCUUGACCAAUCGUCGGCUUACGACCUCGUCGAGCACGAAUGGAUCUUCGCCAUCUUCGACGCUCUCGGCGCUCCUGCCGCCUUCCAACGCGUUCUGAGGAUGCUCUACUCGGGUGACUCAACCACGGUGCGAUAUAUCAUCAACGGCUUCUUGACUCCGCCGGUGCGGCUGACGUGUGGGCUCGGCCAAGGGGACCCGGCGUCGUCGUCGGUCUGGGAUGUCGUGUUCCAGCCGUUCCUGGAUGCUCUGCACCGUCGAGGCAUCGCGCUGAACCUCUCGCUUCCUACCAUUCACCCCUACCCACAGAGCCGCGCCAUUACAUCCCUUGCGUUUGCCGAUGACGUCGUCGUCGCUGUCGCGGGCUCGGAGUCACUCAACUUGCUCGACGACCUGGCGCUCGACUGGAGGCUCGCAACCAAUGGCCGGCUCAACACCGACAAGACCGUCGUACUACCCAUCGGGUGUCGCUGGGAGGCUGGCGAUCGUCCGCUCGUCGUCAAGGCCGAGGGCGAGUCGCUCGAGUGGAUCGGCCUAUCUUUCGACCCCACCGGCAACACCGAACUCGCCAACGUGAAUCUCGUCGCACGGCUCGAAGCGGUGCUCGAUUCGGCACGGGACCGAGGGCUCACACACCACACCCGAGCGUUCUACGUCAACCGAUACGCCAUUCCCAAGAUUCUGCACAUCCUCUCCGCCGACAUCCCACCGCUCGAGGUCGUCAAGGAGCUUGAUCGCAUUCUCGCCGACUUUGUCCGCGGCGGCAAGAGGAGGUCGUGCUAUGGCAAGGACGUCGUCUUCACACCGAGGUUCAAGGGGGGUCUUGGGGUCAUGCGGAUGCAGGACGUCGUCGACUCGGUUGCGGCACGCGUCUGGGACGUGCUUCUUGGCGGUUCGGAUGCGAUCUGGCAGGGACUUGCGCGCGCGGCGAUUGUACGAGCCCAUCCCGCCCCCGACUUUGACUUGGCAACCGAUGCGUGGCCUUGCGACUACACUCCGAUCCGAACCGAUCUACACCCAAGAUGGCAGGCCGUGCUGAAGGUACCAUCGAUGCACAAUGCGCAAGUCAAGCCGAGGACGUUGACGCUCGCGAACCUUCUCGCUCUUCCGAUCAAGUUGCACACCCUUCACUACCUACCGGGAGCACCAGCUGUGUCGCGACCACCCUACGACGCCGACUAUGCUGCGUUUGCCAUUUACGCCAAGGUAGCGGACCUGUUUCGACGCGAGCUGUACCCGGGCGGGGGCUUUCAUCUCUGGACGCCGCCGACGGAUGUGGUCGUCAGCAACAGCGAAUACGAUCAACGGGGCCGCCCACAACGAGAGCACAUCGUGGCAUGGUACCGACAUGCGAUCAAUCGAUUGAGGUUCACACCAAUAGCUCAACCGGUGGCGGCAGUACGAAUCAACGGGCCUCCCCGAGUCCGCCCCACCACGCCGCUCGAGUCGAUCCUGCCCCAUCCGAUCGACCCGCCGCAGCGCCUUCCGAGACCGGCUCUCCCAGACCAAUCAACACAAUACAACUUGCUCAGCAUGGAUCGGCCAUACACCAUCCGUCGCGUCCGCCGAGUCUUGAAUGCAAAGGCCUUCACCGACACGAUCGGUUUCAGGGACUCGCUGCAGCCCGACGAUCUCAAGGGAUUCUGGAAGGGGGUCAACUCGAAGGCAUUGACGGCGAGGGAACGCGAGGUGUGGUUCAAGCUCGUCAGGAACUUCACCCCGACUCGGAGUCUGCAGUUUCAUCAAAAGCACGACGACUCGCCCGCGUGCCUCGUCUGUGGAGCGCCCAAGGACGAUCGGGAGCACUACUUCUUCGACUGCGUUGACUCUAGGAACGUUUGGAUCGCGGCAAGGGGCGUGCUCUGCGACGCACUGGGGCUCGACACGAUCGACAACACGCAUUACACGGCCGUUCAACGCAUGUUCGGACUUCCGAAGCUCAAGGCCAGUCUGCGCGAUCAAGAAGGAGCGGGGAGGACGAUCGAAAUAUUCACCGGGCUGGUCUUGGAGAUGAUCAGCAGCGGGAGGUGGGGGAUGCAGAAGUGGGGGACGAGGAUGGAGGGUGUUGGGAGGAGGAGGAUAAUCUUGGAGGAGAGGUUGAAGCUGAGGGCGGGAGGAGCUUGGGGGAGGAGAAGGCAGUAG